CCCAGAGGCAUGCAGGCGGGGGCUGUAGCUGCAGACGGCGGGAGGGACCUUCUGGCUAACGCAGCGGCUCAGGGGGACGUGCAGGGGGUGCGGCUGCUGCUAGAAGCCGGGAUGAACCCCAACACUGUUAAUUCCUUCGGCAGGACCCCCCUUCAGGUCAUGAUGAUGGGAAACACCCAGGUGGCGGAGCUGCUGCUGCAGAGAGGAGCGGAUCCCAACCGCCCGGACCCGCGCACCGGCUCCCUCCCAGUGCACGAUGCGGCGCGAGAAGGUUUCCUGGACACCCUUGUGGCGCUGCACCGAGGCGGGGCUCGGUUGGAUCUGCGGGACAAAUCGGGCCGCCUCCCCAUUGACCUAGCAGUAGAAAGCGGGCAUCAGCAAGUGGUCAGCUACCUCCGAGCCCAGCCUGCAAGGAAUGCCGCUCCGCCCCAGGCAUAGGGCACGGGCGGGCUAACAGCGCUGCCCAGCUCAGCCACAGGGACCAAAUGAAAUGCUUGCACCACUGAAGUCAAUAGAAAAUUUGCUGUUAAUUUCAGUGGAGCCAGGAUUUCACCCCAGGUUUUUCUACGGCAACCGGUGACCCAUCCGCCAGGCAGCUGCGUCCGUGUGGGUCUCUUGCGGGGCGAGCAGGGACUGCGCUGGCUGGGAUGGAAGGUUCAGGGGCUGUGGUAGAAAACAACUGCUCUGCUUGGUUCUAGUCGAAGUAGAGAGUGUGGAGAGAAAGAUAACCCACUUCUGCACGAACAGAUUUAUACUCCGCUUGGAUACGGUCAGAUUCCGUUUAUAUUGAACUGCUAAAUAGCUGCAGUGGCGGGCAAGGGCCAGGUUUUCGUUUAUGUGUUACAACCCUUUAAAAAAAUAUAUUGAAAAGCCCUUCAGACAAACAUGACUUCAAAAAUUUUAGAAGGAAGAACUCUUGUUCAAACAAAUUAAAACAAAGUUCAUAAAGAAAACAGACGAUUCUUAAGUAUUCUGCCAGUGACAUAGUGAAAUCUUCUGAAGGGGUUGGUAAGGUAGCACUGUAUGUAGGAGGCGUCCUGCCUACCUGCAACCCCCUGCUGGUAGCACUCCAAUGAGUGUGUUGUCUGGGAUUUAUCCACUUUAUAACCGAACGGCAUGGGGUACCUUUCCAGAAAGCAGGCAGGACCAUGAACCUGAUCUCAUUCCCUGUGAACAUCAAUGGAAAGAAUCCCAUAGUUGUGUAAACAGCCUGAUUCCAUUCCUAUUAAACCCUUCAAGAAGGCAACAUCAUUUCCCAGCACAGAUACAAUAUAUUUCUUUAAAAUAUCACACAAAAAGCAUCAGUUGCAAAUGUAGCCAUUAGGGCGUGACUCAAAGUGGUGGAAGUAAAUGAGCGUCUCCCUCCACCCCAGCCAAUGGGUUUUUAAUUAAGCCCUUCAUUUACUGUGACAUGUACGCGAUUCCUCUAAAGAUGUUAAAUAACCUGCAUUACAAGUAGAAGCCCUUGACUCUCCCUGAUUAUAUAAUGCAUUAUAUAAGACAUAAACAGAUGCAUAGCACAAUCAUAAUAAAUAGCUUCCUCGGAAGUUUUUAUGUAGUAUGUACUGUUUAAGGAGCCUAUCCUGCAAGCUGUUGAAUGCUUUCGAUGUUUAUUUAAAGGCCAUUCAGUACCUUAAAGGAGGGAACUUACAUUUUACUCGGAUAUUGUUUAUUGGAUGGCAACCUUUCCUUAGCUCUACUCUGUUACAGUCAGAAAACCCUUGCUGGUCCAUUUGCUCAGCAUUGGUAGCGGGAUUAUGGGCCCUUAAUCCCACACCUACUGGCCAUUAAUGGGAAUCUUUCCAUGGAUACCAAUAUACAUUGGAUCAGGCCCUCUAGGCGAACUAAAUGAUUUGAAGAAUAUUAACUUCUUAUGGAGCUAAUAGCUUACCUCUGGAGAGCUACUCUUUCCCAUUAGAUCGAAGGGAGACAUAUGUACAUGAACAUUAGAGAGGUGUUUGUGUACAAUUAUUUAAAAAAAGGAACUGAACUGGGAGGAUUCUGAUGUUUAGAUUUAAAAAACCCAAAUUAUAAAACCAGCACAAUAUGGCCUAAAGAAUUUACAUUCCUUAUUAUCCAUCAAGAGAAUCUCCCUGGACAGAUGAAGCAGUAGGCGCGUAUGUUGUAUAACAUCACCACAGUGGGGGGAAAUGUUGUAUUCCGCAUAUUAAAUUCUUAGAUAACACUAGUGUUAUUUCUGUAAAUGAUACUAGACCCCGCUCAUAACAUGAUUCAAAAUACGCAAGUUGAUGUAUUGGUUUCUGUACUGAUCUAAGUGAUAGAACAAUGCUAAAUCACAGAGUAAUGCUUUUAUUCAUAACAGUACUAGAAUAGGCAGCUUUGCAUGCUGUUAUUUUAUUUAGAUUUUAAUUAGAUCCCUCACACUAUGAGGAAUGUGAGUAAUUUACCCGUCUAAUUUUACUUUCGAGGUCUACACCCAAAUUAUCCCAUUCUAAUUCCCACUAGUAGGGAAACUCUGAAAACACAGAUUCAGAAACCUUUAAAAAUUUACGAAUUUUAUACUAGCAAUGUGAACGUGUAUCUCUAGAAAAUAUUCCUAUUAUGAAAUCAAUAGUGCUUUGCCAAUUAAUUUCAAUGGAACCAGGAUUGGGACCAUUAUUAUGGAGUUUAGUUUUUAAAAUUCGCAAAUAAGCAAUGGACGCAAGCAACAGGGUCAUCCAAUACGACAGCAGAAGAGCGUGUGUGAAUAUUUAUUAUUGAUAUCUGCACACCAGCUUCCCCCCAAAAGGAAAUUAAUGAAAGAACAGUUUAUAAAUGUGAUGGUGUAUUGCUUCUGCUUCCCAUCCAGUAUUGCUUAAGCUGACUAAGUAGCUGUUAUUGUUUACGUGCAAAAUAUUAA